GGAUUUUAAUCAUUAGCCCGGACUCUGUCUCUCUCGUGACAGUCUGCAUCUGUAUGCCUAGUUUUGUGAUAAACCAGGUGGCUCAUUUGUUUAUCCCGUUUUUUGGGGGGGGUUAGACCUUCUUCACCUGUUCCAUAAAAAGGAGGUCCUUUUGCUUUCUAUACCGACGCAUGUCUUGCCUUUGUCUUCCCUGCCUGCUAGCUGAAGGGCUUAGUUUGUCUUAUGUUUUCACGCUAAUGCAACGAAGAGUCAUGACCCUGAGUUUCUUCUCUUUUCUCUUUUCCUUCGUGUUUCUCUUUGCAUUUACUAAUUAUAUAUUUUGUAUUUCCAUCAUUCUACCUAUCCAGCAUGCAGAGUUAACGACAGUCUUUCAUCUUCUAUUUCUGGGCUCUUGGCUGGCUGAUAAGUUGACGUUACUGACCUACUAACUCAUUCGAGUAGGUCACUGUGGAGAGCACAUUUA